AUGAGAAUUUCUUACACCCUUUGGACGGCGGUCGUACUGUGCUCGGCGCUAAGCAUUUCUUCGGCGAGAAAGCUUGAAAAUAUUGCUUCCAAUAUUAUACCCGGUAGUAAUGGUUUGGGACAGCAGAAGCAGAAUGCGGUCGACACGUACGAGGAUGUAUCGGGUUCGGAAAAUCAGCAAGAUGUGGGAAGCGAAGCACUGCCGGAGAGUACGGAAACUAACGAAAUUGAAGAUGAAGUUGCCAGCCCAGAAGUGGUAAAUGAGGUGUUGGAAGAAUCGAACGUUGUACCACAGGAAACGGUGAGCGAAGCGACCGUGGUCAAUAUGGAUGAUUCGAGUUUAAUAAAUCGAUACUGUCGGUGCACGGCGUACGAGUGUAACUGUUGCCGGGACAUUGAUGUACCGCUGUUUCCAGUAAAAGGUCCUGGUUGUGCCGUGAUACAGUAUCUCGAUGGUGAUCGUAUGUCUGUUGGUGUGAAGUUUGCCGAUCGUAUGAUCGUGAAUCGUGUCAUUUCGGCACGAAGAGCAACUCCAGUCUGUUUGCCACUGCCCGGUGGAUAUAAUCGAUUCUGUGGACGCGUUUACGGCAUCUCACGAAAGGCUAACGAGGGCUUUAAGGCUUGCCUCGGGCUGGAGCUAAGGGCGGAUGAUGAAGUAGAAGCGGUGCUGCGAGUGUCCUGCUUCAAGUUUGGUCCCCGUGGAUUGUCCGUCAUGGAUGCGGAACCACUUCCACCGGUUGAUGAUAUCGAUGUGGGCGACGAGGACGAUGAGGAUGAGGAAGAUGAAGCGGAGGAAUUAUUCGGAUUUUCGCUCGACGAAGACGACGAGGAGGAUGAUGACGACGAGGAAGAUGACGAUGAUGACGGUGGUGCCGAUAGCGUGCAGGAGAAUGAAACCGAUGCGGGCGAUUCACCAGACUAUACCGGGUUCAGCUUUCUCGAUCGUGACCUAAUGGGAAGCAUAUUUGGGGUGAAAAAGUUUUGGUAA